GCCUGCCGUGCGCCUGUGCCCGCCCCGAGCCCGGCCUGCGCUCUGCUUCGGGCGUGCGAGCCUCGGGCUACGCUCCUCUGCAGCUUCCUCCCAGCUAAACAUUCUGUGGCGCUGCCUUGUGCGGAGAACGCCGCAGUGUAGCACCCGAUCCCACAGCCCGAGACUCGUUCUGGCGCUCCAGAGUGUUUUGCCUCUACGUCUCUUUAAUAAAUGUCACUCUUCCGAAUAGUUAACAUCUGCAGUUCUUCAAUAGAGCUCUGAGUUUAUUUCAAGCUAUUGUCAUUGCUUGGUGUUAGCAUGCGCUGCUCCUCUUAUCCGGGUAGGGCAAUUGUGGAGAUGGGUCUUGACUCUGAUGCUGUGUCCAAGUCGCAGCAUAUGGCUGGACAGCCAAGAUUGCUGUAGCGGUGGAGAGAGGUACUGGCAUGAGUUGGUGGGUGCAUCAGGACUGCCGUGUUCUGAUGGCCUAGAGUGACAUUGGCUGAGCUCCUGAACCUUUAUUGCUCCCCUGUUCUCACCUUAAAAAUGGGUGUGAUGCCUGUGUGGUGGCCAGCUGACUGCGGUAGAAGUUUCUGAAGUGUUGUGGGGGCAGUCCCCAUAGCCCACAGAGCAUGACGAGUCCUGACAGGAGUCCUGUCACAGCCUGGCAGUCACUUGUCCACAGCCAGCUUUCCUUUAUCAGCUUGCUUGCUGCCUGCGCUCUUUUCCUGGCCUGUCCUUUCACCAGAAGAAAUGCGGAAAAACCAGUUCUGUGGUUAAUUGCUGCACUUCCCUCCACGCCCAUGGGGGCAGGUCUCGUCCUCCUCCUCGCUCCUCACACAGUCUGGGUGCACUUCAGCCUCCAGUCUCUGCCCCUGCCUGUUCUCAGCCGGCUCAGGUGCACCGACAGGCCUCGGUACCCUUUCCAUUAACCUUAACCUUAGGUUCUCUUGCCUUCCUCUUUUCCAUCUGUCUGCCAGAGCUUCUUCUCUCCUGGAUAAGGAAGCGGGUUGGCCUGCAGGUGCAUAAGGUGCAGGCAGCUGCCCUCCUGGCCCUGUCCUGCCCUGCCUGGAGGGACACCAUUCAGAGGUGAUGGCUGGAGGAAACGAGCGGAGCAUGAAGGCCCUGAAGGAAGUGUGGAAAAGAGCAGAGAACUCUUUGUGUGCGGACUGCGGGAAGCCAGAUCCUGACUGGGCAUCCUCUACUUUGGGUGUCUUUAUAUGCCUCAGCUGUUCAGGAAUUCACCGCAACAUCCCUAGCAUCAGCAAAGUCAAAUCCCUGAAGAUGGACUACUGGGAUGAUGCUCAGGUGCAGUUUUUGGCCAAGCAUGGGAAUGCUGUGACUAAAGCCAUAUAUGAAGCUCACAUCCCUAUUUACUAUUACCAGCCAACCUUCAAUGACUGCCAAGUGCUGAGAGAACAGUGGAUACGGGCCAAAUAUGAACGCAAAGAAUUUACUGAGCCGGGAAAACAGCUGCCAUAUUCUGAUGGGGUGAAGGAAGGCAUCCUUUGGAAGCGAGGUCGAGACAACGGGCAGUUCCUACCCCGCAAGUUCCUCUUGUCUGAGAGAGAGGGAUGUCUGAAGUAUUUCACCAAGCAGGAUGGCAAAGAACCCAAAAUCAAUGUUAAAAUAGAUGUCAUCAAUGCUACAUUCCAGCCAGAGAAGAUUGGGAACCCCAAUGGCCUGCAGAUCACCUAUCUCAAAGACAAUAAGACCAGGAAUAUAUUUGUCUACCAUGAAAGUGGAAAGGAGGUAGUGGACUGGUUCAACGCCAUCCGCUCUGUGCAGUUCCAUUACCUGAAGGUGGCAUUUCCCAUUGCUAGCGAUAAUGAGCAGAGGGAGGCUUUCAAGAAGCGCUGGUUCACGCUGGAUCACCGCAGGCUCAUGUACUUCAAGGAUCCUUUGGACGCCUUUGCUAAGGGUGAAGUAUUUGUGGGCAGUGGAGAGAAUGGAUAUAGUGUCCAGAAGGGAUUGCCUUCAGGGACACAGGGCAACUUCUCUUGGCACUAUGGCAUCACCAUUGUCACCCCUGACCGGGAAUACCUCUUCACCUGUGAGACAGAGACUGACCAGCUGGAGUGGAUCAGAGCCUUCACUAGUGUCAUCAACCAGGCCAUGACACCACAGGAAUAUGCAAUUGAAGCCUACUUCAAGUUUAAGUCCUAGGAAGCCAUUCAGGAAUCUCACUGUGACUCAACUCUACCUGGUCCUAUUGGGUUGCUGUCAGGACAGGAGAGGAGAUUGACAUCAGAGAAACACAGUGCUCUUGGAGCACCCUUUGAAGCACUUUUGCCCCCAUAUAAUAUCCACUUUGUUUUGAGGGCCCGAUUAAGCUGCUUCUUUUCAAGGCAAGAUUUUGUGCAUCUGAAUCCUCAGUACUGCCUGUCCCUGUUAAAUUGCUGUGAUCUGGCUGGAUGCUGACAGGUCUUGCCUGUCAGUCAGGCCUUGAAAACUUUGGCACUUACUGUGUUGGGCGUGGGACCUAGCAUCACUCCUGCAUGAAACUGCAGACAGCCACCCACCUGAUGCAAGAAAACUGGCUGGAGUCAGGCACCCCAGCUGGUUACAGGGGCUGCUGGACUAAAAGAGACUGUUCCUUUACAAGAAAUAUCAUACCUGCUGGUGACAGAGAUGUGAAACAUCUAGAUAUUUGAUCAGUUAGUGCAGUGGUUGAGAAAGGUCACUUAAAAGAUGAAACCUAACAGCCAAAUGUGAGGCCUGUUCUUUCUGCCAUGUAUGGGCUUGAAAGCUUCUUCAGAUGACGUUUGUGUGCAGACCUUCCACCAAAUGCUUCAGAGAAGAUUAAGAGAUCGUCUCAAAAAUAAUGUGAAUAUACAUUUGGGUAUGUGUAUACAUUAUAUACACACAUAACAAAAAGUGAUGGAGGUGAAAUGCUGCCCUAGGGAAAAUACCCUGAGGUGUAUUCAUGCCACUGAAGAUCAGCUGCCAAACUUGGCAAAAUGGAGAGGGGUCGGGUCUUGCAAGGAGAAGCUGAUAGCAUGUAUAGAGUUCAGAGUCUGCUGUCUCUGCUACUUCAGGGUUGAUGCUGAAUAUAGUAAUACAUGGA